AUGCUCACAACGAAUAUCGAGAACAACUCUUUCCUUUCAGUAUUCCUGCCAAUGGCAAUGCAUGACUCCGCUCUGUUAAACGCUUUAAUUGCGUGGUCAUCAUCUCACCUUUCAUUGCGAGAUCCUGCGUUUCAACAAGUUGCCAUGCAAAACAGGCUUACGGCCCUUCAGGACCUAAGGCUCUCGCUUGAGUCUAGCCCGGAGAAUGUGGAGAGUAAUCUCGCAAUUACAUUGGUGCUCUGUUCCAUGGAGAGUAUCAUGGCUGAUAACGAAAAGGCAUGGUAUCUCCAUCUCAUGGGAGCCGCAGGAAUUAUCUCAUCUCGCACGUGCAUUGAAUCUGAGUUCAAUGAAACGAAUUCUGCAAAGCUUCUCCAGUCUUUUGAUGAUGCUCAUACAGGACGUUGGCUUCUUCGCAAUUUCGCCUACCAUGACAUACUCAUGGCAGUGGCUUUGGACAGAGAGCCUCUGCUACCAUCGCAUCACUUUGUUCAACUUGACGAAGGUCCAGUGGCCGAUUCAUAUUUUGGGUUGGCUUCUGAGAUCCUGAAUAUCCUUUAUCGAAUUACAUCCCUGAAUCAGCAAGUCAAAUCUCUACAAAAGAGUCAUUCGGGUACAGCAGGUUGUGAUUUACUUGGGCUCGACACAGGUGACUACGCCUAUUCCCAACGGAGCAUUUCAUCGAUCCUGUCUGAGGUAGCGUCCACAUUUGAAUCACUCGAACUUCAGCUACAACAAUGGAAGUGUCCGCCAUCGAAUGAUGAAUCUUUGAUUCUCCUUGCAGAGUCAUACCGCAGCUCAGCUCUUUUAUACUUAUAUCGGGUUGUGCGUCGCGAUCUUCCAGAUUUGGAAGAGAGUCUAUCUAUCAAGACCGCCAAUGAAGUUGCCGCAGUCGUUUCCAACAUUGGGAAAAUGCCCACGCGAAGCCUGCCCGAAUGUACAUUACUUUUCCCACUCUUCCUUGCAGGAGGCGAGGCCUCGAAAGAGAUCCACAUCAAGAUCAUCCGACACAAGAUGCUUGAUAUGAUUGACUCUCGCGGGUUCCGAAAUGUAGAAGUGGCUCUUUCAGUACUAGAAAAGCUUUGGCGGCUGAAUCUGGAACGAAAGGCAUUACCUGCUACAAAAGGAACAGUGGACUGGUUGGAUAUUGUUGUGCAAGACGGAGUGUUGCUCUCAUUAUCCUAG